AUGCCUGAACUCAUCGAUGAUAAAUCGCAAUACUGCAUCCCAUUCCUAUUGAAACGGCUGGAAGCCCACCAGGCACGCUAUGGGAAUGACUCGAACAAUACCCCGCCAUUCUUCCUAGGACUCAAUGGCGUCCAGGGAGCGGGCAAGACUGUGCUGGUUUCAACCCUUCAAUCAACCCUUCGAGCAGCUCCAUAUUCCCUCCCGGUCGUCACCAUCUCCCUGGAUGAUUUCUACCUCACCCAUGAGCAACAACAGAUACUAGCCAAAACCUUUCCUUCCAAUCCUCUUCUCCAGCAUCGCGGACAACCGGCAACUCACGAUCUUCCUCUGGCCGAAAAAGUCUUUGAAUCUCUAUGUGCCGGCCGUCCUACUGCUAUCCCGCAAUAUGACAAGUCUGCUUAUUCGGGCCAGGGCGAUCGUGUACCCGAGAGCCAAUGGGAGACAGUCAACGGCGACGGACAAGACAAAAUCAAAGUGGUUAUCUUCGAAGGCUGGUGCGUUGGCUUCCGCGCCCUGGAUGAAGAUGUCCUUAGGGAGAAGUGGGAGGCUGCGGUCCGCCAGAAAGACCAGGGUGGUUAUAAUGGCCGCUUAGGGUAUGUGAAGUUUGAAGAUGUCAAGGCCGUCAAUGACGCCUUGAGGAAGUACGAUGUAUUGACCGAGUUCGUAUCCUUGCCCUCUUGGAUCGCUCUAGACGUUGAUGCUAACUGUUCGAGCGAGCCGGCUCGACGCAUUGGUUCAUAUGUGAGUGCUACCCUCCUUCACUCUCUAUCAUAUCAAUACCCUCUUGCUAAACAUCUCCAAGCGAUGCGCAAGACCUCCACUUUGUCUACGACUGGAGACAGGAACAGGAGAGAACGCUGCGUGCAAUCAAAGGAACGGGAAUGA